GGUUCUCACUGAGGCGGCCGCCGCGGAGAUCGCCGCCCGCCGCAGGGAGGCGGAACCCUGGGGACGCCGCCGGUCGUCAGCCGGCGCCCUUUCGCCGCGACCUUCCGCCGUCCCGCCGUUACCCCGGCAACGGCGCCGCCGGCGCAACGCGCAGCCCGGGCCCGGCCUCAAGAUGAUGCUCUCUCGGGCCAAGCCGGCCGUAGGGGGUACCCCGCCGCCGGGAGACAGGCGGAGGAAGAAAGGAAAGGAGGUGCCACAGUUGGAAGAACUCUUAGCCCAGAGGGACUUCACCGGCGCGAUCGCCUUGCUGGAGUUUAAACAGCACGUGGGUGAGGAGGAGGAGGAAGAUGGCAACCUUUGGAUUGGAUACUGUGCAUUUCAUUUGGGUGACUACAAGAGAGCUCUGGAGGAAUAUGAGGCUUUAACCAAGCAAGCAACUUGCAAACCAGAUGUUUGGGUGAACCUUGCCUGUACUUACUUCUUUCUGGGGAUGUACACGCAAGCAGAACAAGCAGCCUUGAAAGCACCUAAGAGUGGUCUCCAGAACCGUUUACUCUUUCACCUGGCACAUAAGUUCAGUGAUGAAAAGAAACUGAUGAGCUCUCACCAGAACCUGCAGGAUGUUACAGAAGAUCAGCUCAGCCUGGCAUCCAUCCACUACAUGCGAUCCCACUACCAAGAAGCCAUUGAUAUCUACAAGCGCAUUCUGCUGGACAACCGGGAAUACCUGGCUCUGAAUGUAUAUGUGGCCCUGUGCUAUUACAAACUGGAUUACUAUGAUGUAUCACAGGAAGUGCUAGCUGUUUAUCUUCAGCAAGUUCCUGACAGCACCAUUGCUCUUAACCUUAAGGCUUGUAACCAUUUCCGACUCUACAAUGGAAAGGCUGCAGAGGCAGAGCUCAAAAACUUGACAGACAGUGCCUCAUCAUCUUUUGAGUUUGGCAAGGAGCUUAUUAAGCACAAUCUGGUAGUUUUCCGAGGAGGAGAAGGGGCUUUGCAAGUCCUGCCUCCUCUGGUUGAUGUUAUUCCUGAGGCAAGACUGAAUCUUGUGAUUUACUAUCUCCAGCAAGAUGAUGUACAGGAGGCUUAUAACCUGAUUAAGGACCUGGAACCUACAGCUCCACAGGAGUACAUCCUUAAAGGGGUGGUAAAUGCAGCACUUGGACAAGAAAUGGGCUCGAGAGAUCAUCUGAAAAUUGCUCAACAGUUCUUCCAGUUGGUAGGGGAAUCAGCCAGUGAAUGUGAUACCAUUCCAGGGAGACAGUGCAUGUCCUCCUGCUUCUUUCUUCUUAGACAAUUUCCUAAUGUCCUAAUUUACCUCAACUCAAUCAAGAGUUACUUCUACAACAAUGACACUUUUAACUUCAACUAUGCCCAAGCCAAAGCUGCAAUGGGCAAUUUUAGUGAAGCUGAAGAGGUGUUCCUUUUGAUCCAGAGUGAGAAGAUAAAAAGUGAUUUUGUUUACCUUAGCUGGCUGGCUCGCUGCUAUAUUAUGAAUAAGAAACCACAGCUAGCCUGGAAGCUCUAUCUGAAGAUGGAAACAUCAGGGGACUCCUUUAACCUAUUGCAGCUCAUUGCAAAUGAUUGUUACAAAAUGCGUCAGUUUUACUAUUCAGCCAAAGCCUUUGAUAUUCUGGAGAGACUGGACAAUAAUCCUGAAUACUGGGAAGGCAAGAGAGGUGCUUGUGUGGGUGUAUUUCAAAUGAUCUUAGCUGGACGAGAAGCAAAAGAGACUCUGCGGGAAGUUCUGCACCUUCUGAAGAGCACUGGUAAUUCUCAAGUAGAGUACAUUGUUCGCGUCAUGAAAAAGUGGGCCAAGGAGAACAGAGUCCCUGUUUGAGUCAGUGUCACAAAAUGAACCAGGUCAGUUGCUACUGUAUGUCUGGCUGCAAGACAAGGGUCUUGGUUUCUCCUGUGCAUUCUGGGUAUCUCCUUCCUUGCAGGACUUUAGGCAUUCAAGCAGGUUGACCCAGCUGAGGAAGAAUGUCCUGCAAUGAGAUUCAAAACAUACAGCAAAUUGAUUUUGGGGUUUUUUUGGUUUCUUUUUUACAUUAAAACUUUAUUGGCAUUUUUUCUGUUGUACCACUCUAUUUCUCAGAGAUUUUUUUAAUAGUAGUUCCAGCUGUCUACAAAAUCAAGAUGCUCCUCAAAUAUUCCUCCACAAAAGUUACUGAACUGCAUGGUGGGUUUUUUCCCCAGCAAGCCUUUUGGCCUCUGGAGAAGAACAAUUUGUUACAUGACUCAGACAAACCUACUUCAGCAAGUGAUGGAAUGAGGCAAAUAGAGAUGGUGACAGUGAUACCAUUAGGCACUGCUAGAGUAUCAGAUAAUACACAAGGCUUAACAUAGAAUCAUAUGAUCAUAAAAUAGCUUGGGUUGGAAGGAACAUUAAAGAUCACCUAGUUCCAACCUGCCAUGGGCAGGUACAGCUUUCAGACAGUUUUUUUUUUUGACUCAGAGCUGCUCAGGUUCCUCAAUGCUUUAUCCAGCCUGGCCUUGAACAGUUCAAGGGGUGGGCCAUCUACAACUGCUCUGGGUAACUUGUUCCAGUGCCUCACCACCCUCAUAGUAAAGAAUUUCUUCCAGAUACCUAAGCUAAACAUAAUCUCAGUUUGAAACCAUUCCCUCUUAUCCUGUCACUACAUGCCCUUGUGAAAGGUCUCUCUUCUUCAGGACUUUUAUAGAUUACCUAUGUGGGUAUUCUGAGGAGUAUCCUUUUCUGGAUGAAUUUCAAUUACCAAUACCUUAAUUUGGGGGGUUUUUGUCUGUAAGGAUUGUUUUCUCUCUUAUCAUCUUUUUCAGAGCAUGGAGACUUAUUUGACUGAUGAUAUUGUUCAGUCUCACUUUGAAAUUUAACACGCAGAAAAUUUCUUCAUGUUAAUAUAGUUCACAUGAGAACUUUAGCAAUCUGAUGGAUAAAAAUAUCUUUUGAAUUAUUUUGUUCAGCAUUUACUACUGUCAUGAGCAAUAUAUUCAUUAUACUUAUGGGUUUAUUAUACUGUCCUGUUUUUUUAAGGAGAACAGUUCAGGGAAUACAUAAUUCUAAGAGAAGGCAACAGUUGUAACAUAAAAAUGUCUUAUACAUUUGAUAGUAAAAAACAUUUGUAUAUUAUUCAUAAAAGAAAACUUUACAUUUUUUAAAUUUGUAAAAUACUUAAGUAUUUUUUUAUCUUUUGAGGGGAAUUGAGAAUACCAUAUUCUCUACUGUCUGUGCAUUGAUUAAAGCUCUUACUUGAAUCUACACUUGAAUGUCUGAUUGGUCUGUGUUGCUUCACAUUGCAGAAGUUGAAAUAGCGUAUUCAUUUUGCUGUGGAAGAGAGCAGGUUUGUGGCUGAUUGUUAAGUAUAUGUUCAUUUAUCAGUCAGAGGCAAGCCAAUGGCCUUGGUCCUGAUCUUAUAGUAGUUUGCUGAAACUAAGGCAGCUGGGUGUAUGUGGAACAUGCACACCUUUCUGCCAUGUAAUGUGUCUGGUUUUACUGCUUUAAGCAAAAAAUGUGGGUAUCAUUUUUCAGGUGUCUAGAAGUACAUUGAUAGUUGUGGUUACUUGCACUUAAAUCUAGAAACUGAUCCAUCACACUAGCAACAAUGAGCCUUUCAGCAGGGCCAAUGUUACACUCAUUCAAAAGAGGUAUGAAAGUAGUUACAAAACACUUCACUCAUGAACAGCAUUUUUCUUUUCCAUCUCAGUUUAAUUAACUUGGAAACAUAUUGAGAAUACAAUUAUGAAUCUUGGUACAAAGCUUCAAAAAGUCAUGUUGGUGACUUUGUAGCAGAUGUUAAAUGCAUCUAAUUACUCCCUUUAUUGAAGCUUAACCUGCAGGAGAGCUGAAGAGCAUCCAAAUCCGUUACAGACCAUUUUACAUGUUGGUUGAAUCUUCUGAAAUAAGUGUGAUGGCUUUGCAGCAUA